AUGCGACAUUCAGCUGCGUCACGCCUCAGUCCGCCGCAGCUGCAGCUCAGAGAGGCUUUGCCUCCGCCUCUUUCGCCCAGGCCUCCGCUGCCGCUGCCACCUCCGGUGCAAUCACCUCGGCCCAGCCGCGCCCCGCCCAGCGCUCCUGCUGCCUUCACCGCUGCCACCUCCUCAGCCCCGGCUUCCGCCGCCACCAUCCAAGCAUCCGUGAGUCAUUUUCUACCCAUCUCUGGGCACGCGGUAGUGACCACCCUAAGAGGUUUGCAGGCUUGCAGAAUGGCAGAAGCGGAUCCUAACAGGGUCUCGGAGCCUGCCGCCCAGGGGGUGGAUGAAGAGGUGGUAGCUAUCUUGUCUAGCGAUUCUGGGGACGAAUCUGACAGCAGCAGCUCUAGCAGCAGCAGCAGUUGCAGCAGCAGCAGCAGUGGCCGCAGCCCCUUCUAUAGAAGUAUAAGUGUACCUGGGCCUUCCAGAAGUGUGCGGCGGACUCGUCAGGUAGAAGUUUCGUGGAUCGGCUGCCUCGUGCAGUUAGAAAUCGUGUGCAGGCUCUCAGAAAUAUUCAAGACGAAUGUGACAAGGUAG